GUUACUCAGCGUAUUUUGCAGACCUCGCGGUCGCGAUUGCCGCUUCUAAUUUGUUCGGUAGGCCUCAGGAGUCAGGCCCGAUUUCUUAAUCUCUGAAAAGCAGGCAGGCCUGUCGGCAGUACUCCUAUCUUUCCAUAAUACACUAGCUCUAGAAUUUUUUUUAUGGCUCAAAAUCUUUAGAAUCGUGGCUGGUGUGGUCUCGUUGAAGAUCUAGUAAGUUUUAAAUGGGAUCGAAAUGAAAUUUACUACUUAAUUCUUUUUGGUACGCGUCAUGAACUGCUUGUGAAUACAGUGCAGUCUCAACCACGAAGAUAAGUGCGGAGAACCAGAGCUGCGUCCUCCUCACCAGGGGCUUGUUGCAGAUGCAGAAACUAAGACUAAAGCUGGAGAAGAUGAGACUAAAGGGAGUGCUUGCUUGGUCAAUGGAAUAACUUGGGGGCACACCACAGAAGGACGUUGUUAUCAAGUCAGAUGCACCUGACACCCUCUUACUGGAGAAGCAUGCGGAUUAUAUAGCGUCCUAUGGCUCAAAGAAAGAUGAUUAUGAAUACUGUAUGUCUGAGUAUUUGAGAAUGAGUGGCGUCUAUUGGGGUCUGACUGUAAUGGAUCUCAUGGGACAACUACAUCGCAUGAAUAGAGAAGAAAUUCUCACAUUUAUUAAGUCAUGUCAACACGAGUGUGGUGGAAUAAGUGCUAGUAUCGGACAUGAUCCUCAUCUUUUAUAUACUCUGAGUGCUGUCCAGAUUCUUACUCUCUAUGAUAGUAUUAAUGUUAUUGACGUAAAUAAAGUUGUUGAAUAUGUUCAGAGUCUACAGAAAGAAGAUGGUUCUUUUGCUGGCGAUAUUUGGGGAGAAAUUGAUACAAGAUUCUCUUUUUGUGCAGUGGCAACUUUGGCUCUAUUGGGAAAGCUGGAUGCUAUUAAUGUGGAAAAGGCAAUCGAAUUUGUUUUAUCGUGUAUGAACUUUGAUGGUGGAUUUGGUUGUAGGCCAGGUUCUGAAUCCCAUGCUGGGCAGAUCUAUUGUUGCACAGGAUUCCUGGCUAUUACUAAUCAGUUGCAUCAAGUAAAUUCUGAUUUACUCGGUUGGUGGCUUUGUGAACGACAGUUACCUUCAGGUGGACUCAAUGGAAGGCCAGAGAAGUUACCAGAUGUAUGCUACUCAUGGUGGGUGUUGGCUUCUCUAAAGAUAAUUGGAAGACUUCAUUGGAUUGAUAGAGAGAAACUGCGUAGUUUCAUUUUAGCAUGUCAAGAUGAAGAAACAGGAGGAUUUGCAGACAGGCCAGGAGAUAUGGUAGAUCCUUUUCAUACUUUAUUUGGAAUUGCUGGCUUGUCACUUUUGGGAGAAGAAGAGAUUAAACCUGUUAGUCCUGUGUUUUGUAUGCCUGAGGAGGUACUGCGGAGAGUGAAUGUUCAGCCUGAACUAGUGAGCUAGAUUCACUGAUGCAAAAAUUGCUUAGUAUAGUUUUGCCAUCUUAACAUUUCUGUAUUUGAAGUGCUUAUCAAACUUAAAAAUCACUACUGUGUUAAUAUUUUGUAUAUGAAUUGUUAAUUUUUAAGAAGUUACACAUAUUGUAAAAUAAAGAUUUAUUGCGUGUGUCUUCAGCUUCAGAUUUUCUUCUAGAAUGCUGUUACUCUUUUGAGUACAAUAUUUUGUUUAUGCUUCAGUGUAUUUAUAUUCUCCAUAACAGUAAUCUUUAGUUUAAGAACUGUUUAGUUGAAGAAGUCUUGUGUUCUAUUUGAUUUUUCCGUAUGCUCCCUUCAUGUUAUUAUUGGUCUGUGUCAAUGAUAAAAAUUGAUAAACCCCAUUUAUAAAAAUAUGAAUUAGAAGAUUCACAAAAAUAAAUGACUUGAAAUUUGGGAA